AUGAGCUGCAAAGGUGCAGCUUUUGGGUUCGCCACUCUAAAUGGCUUGUCAGUUCGGAGGCAUUUGUUUUGUAGGAGUUCGGCAAAUCUUCGAGUCUGCGGGAAGCUUUUUACUGGUUCACAAUAUCCACGUGCUCCAAGGUAUUUUUUGGUGCACACUGACAAGAGUGCCGGCAACACUCCAAGUACACGAGGUUGGGAGGAAUAUGCGGGAAACUUUACUUUCAGGCCUCCGCACGUUAUCGCAAGGCCCUCACAGCGCAUAGCCUACAGGAUUGGAAACGGUACACCGCUGCCUCCCAAAGCCCUCGUUCAUUUUCUCGGGGGCGCCUUCAUUGGCGCCGCGCCGCAGGUUGCGUAUCGAUGGUUUCUCGAGCAGUUGGCUUUAAAGGGCUUCGUAGUAGCCGCGACGCCGUAUCGACUUUCCUUCGAUCACCUUUGGACGAUGGAUGACGUGCUCACCAGGUUUUCAGCAGCAGCGGGAAUGCUCGCUCUAGAUUAUGAUCCUAUCCCUGUUGAUGGGAUCGGUCGCUCCUUGGGCGCUCUCCUGCACACCCUUGGAGGCAGCUUGUUUUGCAACGCGGAUGGGUACAAGGCUGCCGAUGUACUGAUUGCAUUUAAUAAUCGCCGCGCGGAAGAUGCGAUACCUUUAUUCAGAGAGCUUAUCGCGCCCGUAAUUAAGACAGUUGCCGGACUGGUGAACUCUCUGAUGUGA